GCCAAAGAAUUAGAUUGGUUAUUAAACUCUCAAAUUCCAGGUUUACUAGAGAGUCUGAACAAAGGCUUAAAGAAAUGUGAAUUACUUAUUAAAAGUCCAGAAAAUUAUGAUUUUUUAAGUACUAGCACAUUAGCAAUAUCUUCAAUUAACACCGACACAUUAAAAGGAUUUGUUACUUUGGAUGGUAGUGAUAUUAUUAAAGGGGAAUUACAAAUAAAAUUACCAAGUUAUAAUCGUGGUAAUUUUAUUAAAGUAACAAUAAACAGUAACAAGUCUUAUUUUAUUGAGCAGUUAGGAGAUGCACAAAAUUAUAUUGCCUUAGCCUUAGACGAAUUAAAUACUUCAAAAAGAACUUCUACAAAAGAAAAUGCUCACCAAUUAUUGGAGAAAAUUUUUAAAUAUAUACAAAAUAGCCAUGUUUCUUUAAAUCAUACUAAUGAAGAAAGAUUAUUUCCUUAUAAAAUCUGUGAUUCACGGAUAUUUAAUUCUUUACCAGAAGAUCUGGUAGUCCAAUUUCAUGUAGAAGGUUCAUAUAUUAUUACAUCAGUUUAUUUACUUCAAUAUCAUUUAUCAUUACCACAACAAAAACAUGGAAGUUUAUUAGGAAUAUCAAAACAAUCACCAAAAGUCUGUAAAUAUAAGGAUAAAUAUGUAUCAAUUUUAGAUGAAGUAGUUGUCAAGUCAUUGGAUCCUAAAUUAGAAGAGCUAAUGGAAAAUAUUAAGAAAUUAGAAAAAGAAUGUUUAUCAUGGAAAAGUAAAAUAGAAUUAUUCUAA